GACUUGGAGAUGGCCCGCUCAUCGUAAGUCGUUGGAGUCGCCGCUGGCGCUGUCGCUGCUCCUGCUCCAUGAGGAAGAUGCUCGCGGCAGUCUCCCGCGUGUUGGCUGGCGCUGCCCAGAAGCCGGAAAGCAGAGUGCUAGUGGUAUCCCGUAAUUUUGCAAAUGAUGCUACAUUUGAAAUUAAGAAAUGUGACCUUCACCAGCCGGAAGAGGGCCCUCCUGUCACGACAGUGCUCACCAGGGAGGAUGGGCUCAAAUACUAUAGGAUGAUGCAGACUGUGCGCCGAAUGGAGUUAAAGGCUGAUCAGCUUUAUAAACAGAAAAUCAUUCGUGGUUUUUGUCACUUGUGUGAUGGUCAGGAAGCCUGCUGUGUGGGCCUGGAAGCUGGCAUAAAUCCCACGGACCACCUCAUCACAGCCUACCGGGCUCAUGGUUUCACCUUUACUCCAGGCCUUUCUGUUCGAGAAAUUCUUGCAGAGCUAACAGGACUAAGAGGAGUCUGUGCUAAAGGGAAAGGAGGAUCGAUGCACAUGUAUGCCAAGAACUUCUAUGGGGGCAAUGGCAUUGUCGGAGCUCAGGUGCCCCUGGGAGCUGGGAUUGCUCUGGCCUGCAAGUACAAUGGAAAAGAUGAGGUCUGUUUGACUUUAUAUGGCGAUGGUGCUGCUAACCAGGGUCAGAUAUUUGAAGCUUACAAUAUGGCAGCAUUGUGGAAAUUACCUUGUAUUUUCAUCUGUGAGAAUAACCGCUAUGGAAUGGGAACAUCUGUUGAGAGAGCAGCAGCCAGCACUGAUUACUACAAAAGAGGCGAUUUUAUUCCUGGGCUUAGGGUGGAUGGAAUGGAUAUCCUGUGUGUCUGAGAGGCAACAAGGUUUGCGGCUGCCUAUUGUAGAUCUGGGAAGGGUCCCAUCCUGAUGGAGCUGCAGACUUAUCGUUAUCAUGGACACAGUAUGAGUGACCCUGGAGUCAGUAACCGCACACGAGAAGAAAUUCAGGAAGUAAGAAGUAAGAGUGACCCUAUAAUGCUUCUUAAGGAUAGAAUGGUGAACAGCAAUCUUGCCAGUGUUGAAGAAUUAAAGGAAAUUGAUGUUGAAGUAAGGAAAGAAAUUGAGGACGCUGCCCAGUUUGCCACAGCUGAUCCUGAGCCACCUUUGGAGGAACUAGGCUACCACAUCUACAGCAGCGAUCCACCCUUUGAAGUGCAUGGUGCCAACCAGUGGAUCAAGUUUAAGUCAGUCAGUUAAUGGGAGACGUGUGUAAUGAUGGGCUAUUUGUCAGCAACUAUAAGGAACAGCGUUGUCAACUUUAAUAAAUAGCAUGUAAAUUAAAUUGAA